AUGUGUCACAUAGUUGUUACCCUUGGGUGUGGAAGUAGGGGGGGGGAAGUGAUACAGGGAAGCAAUAGCUGCUUUCCUCAGAUGGCGCUUCAGCAAACGGCGUAUAGUGCAUGCUCCCGCAGGGUGCACUGUGUAAGUAAGACGUACUUGAACGAUCCAUUCGCCUCCUGUUUCGUCAUGGAUUCUACAGUGAUGAACAGUCCCCUUAUGAAUCGUGGCACUUGGCUCCGAACAGAGGCAAUAGAGCGCAGUUUGCUUCAUUUUGCCAGGGGACAAUGCGGUGAGGUUGGUUUGCAAGUGAUCAGCUUUGGGAGCGGCAUGGACACUCUAUAUUUCCGCUUGAAGAAGGAUCAACCAGACAUACAUAUCGCCAAAUAUAUUGAGUUAGACUUCCCUGAUCUGGUUGCGAGGAAACGCCGCGUCAUCGACGACACAGAAGCCCUUACUCGUUACACGGGCCCCGAGUACGAGCUGGUUGCGUGCGACCUAAGAAAAACGGAUGAGAUGCGUGAGCUGCUUAAAAAGAGCGCUCUCAACAAUGCUCCCACGGUGAUACUGGCUGAGAUGAUCUUUGUGUACUUAGAAGAACGUGUAUCCUCCACCCUUCUUACACUAACACUGAGUGAUGUACUGGAUAAGGACACAUCAGCCUUGUUGAUAGCUUACGAUGCUAUUCGACCAGAUGACCGUUUUGGUGAGGUUAUGGUGAAUAAUCUAAAGGCCAUGGGGGUUAUGCUCCGUGGCAUCCACGAAUUGCCCACUGUGGAGGCACAUGCGGAGCGCUGUAGAAAGGUUGGACUCCCACACGUCAUUUCCAAAUCCAUGAAACAACUUUACUUAGAAGUACCACAGAGUACUCAGAAGUGGCUGUGUAAGCUGGAAAUAGUCGAUGACUGGGAUGAAUGGUGUAUCAUGCUUGACCACUACUGCUUUGUCUUGGCGUCGAACAAACCCGAUGCCGUUCCCACGUCGUUGUGGACGUGA